AGCAAAAUUUGGGAUCAUUGGAUCCAAUUAGAAGCUUUGACAUCCUCAAAUGAAUCUUUUUACUUUAAUUCCUCUGAUGAAAAUUCCAGUGAUAUAGAGGAUUCUAUUUCUUCACCAACAAGUACACAAACUCAAAAAAAUAUAAAUAAUCCUCAUCCACCCAUAAAAUGUAAAUACUGCUCUAAAAAAUAUAAGCAUGGACUUGCAACUCGUAUGCAAAAGCAUACUAAUAGUUGUGUAAAUGCACCUAAAUUAGCUAAAACUACUGAAAAAGCUAAUUCUUAA